AUGAGGCUUGUGGUGCCAUGCCUCUGCGCGAGCAGCUAUCAGCUGGAACUCACGAACGAAGCUGUUGCACCGGAUGGUUUUAGUAGAAGCUCCGUAUUGGCCAACAAGCAAUUUCCGGGCCCACUCCUCAGUGUCCAAAAGAAUGAGCCGUUACGGGUCCUCGUUGAUAAUCAACUCAUAGACACAUCCAUGGCUCAAGGAUCGUCCAUUCAUUGGCAUGGCUUAACAGAGCAUAAAACUGCCGCUCAAGACGGAGUUGCAUGGGUGACUCAGUGUCCCAUAGCUCCGGGAGACUCCUUUCAAUAUGUCCUCAAUACAGCCGGGCAGACAGGGUAUCACUCCCAUAUCACGACCCAGUACUGUGACGGACUCCGAGGCCCUCUCGUCAUUUACGAUAUUGAAGAUCCGCUCAAGUACCUCUAUGACGUCGAUGAUGGUCGGUGUCCCACUGCCUCCAGAGCACCCUUCACGCAGGUUGACAACGGGUUUUUCAUAGAAAGCACCGUGAUUACUUUAGGAGACUGGUUUCACGUUGUGUCCCCAGAGGCGUUCAACAAUUUCCUAAACCCCGACUCCUUCGUUAUCAAUGGUCUCGGGCGCUAUGAUGGAGGUGAUCAAAGCCCUCUUGCCGUCGUCGAUGUCAGCGCAGGCCUACGACACCGCUUCCGGAUCGUCAAUACCGCCUGCAUAGCAGGCUUCAACUUCUCUAUUGACCGUCACCCUUUCCCCGUAAUUGAGGUUGAUGGCGUCGAGACGAAACCUCUGGUGACCGAUAUAGUAUCUUUGUGGCCUGGUCAGCGCAUAUCCGUUGUUGUGAAUGCGAAUCAGAGUGUAGAAAACUACUGGAUUCGUGCGACACCAUUCGUCCUUGGCACCUCACCCAGCAAUACGACUGGAGUCAACGCAGCAAUCCUUCGAUAUCGCGGCGCGCAGGAAAUAGAUCCCAAGACGGAAUCAAUCGCGACUAACCUAAUGCGCGAGCAGGACUUGGAGGUAUGUUAUAAAAUCUUCUCACAUCCAGCAACUUAUUCUGAUUCCACACCCACUCUACAGGACGCAAACGGGACACGCUUCCUCGUCAAUGGAAGUCGUUAUGUUCCGCCACCGGUUCCUGUUCUUCUUCAGAUUUUGAACGGAUCGAUCGAUGCUCAAGAAAUUAUGCCUAUCGGAAGCGUGAUCACACUUCCUCGUGACAAGCUCAUCAGCAUCACGAUUCCAGGUGGAUCGCCGAUAGCGCCGCAUCCGUUUCAUUUGCAUGGGCAUAACUUUCAGGUGAUCCGAAGCGCAGGUAGCGCCACAAACAACAGCAAACCAAUAUUUAGGGACGUCAUCAAUACAGGCUACGCAGGCGACGACGCUACAUUCUUUUUCCGUACGGACAAUCCUGGCCCCUGGUUACUACACUGUCACAUUGACUUUCACCUGGAAGCUGCACUCGCAAUUGUGUUUGCUGAGGCCCCGGAGGAUCAAGUGGCUGGAUAUUAUGCAGAAGAACGACCUAAGGACUGGGAGGCGUUGUGUCCUAAGUGGAACUCGCUCACUGAAGGCAAACAGUUCGCUCUGGAUGACUCAAACUAG